GUUGAUGCAUUCCCCUCCACAGAAGCCAGCGAAGGUGUGUCCUUGCAACUGGGAAACACAAAAGAUUUUAUUAUUUCCUUUGACCUCAAGUUCUUGACAAAUGGGAGUGUGUCUGUGGUUCUAGAGACCACGGAAAAGAAUCAGCUCUUCACUGUACAUUAUGUCUCAAACGCACAGCUCAUUGCUUUUAAAGAGAGAGACGUGUACUAUGGCAUCGGGCCCAGAACUUCAUGGAGCACAGUGACCAGGGACCUGGUCACUGACCUCAGGAAAGGAGUGGGUCUUUCCAACACAAAAGCUGUCAAGCCAACCAAAAUAAUGCCCAAAAAGGUGGUGAGGUUGAUUGCAAAGGGGAAGGGAUUCCUCGACAACAUCACCAUCUCUACCACAGCCCACAUGGCUGCAUUCUUCGCUGCUAGUGACUGGCUGGUGAGGAACCAGGAUGACAGAGGGGGCUGGCCCAUUAUGGUGACCCGCAAGUUAGGGGAAGGCUUUAAGUCUUUAGGGCCGGGGUGGUACUCUGCCAUGGCCCAAGGGCAAGCCAUAUCUGCACUGGUCAGGGCCUAUCUCUUAACAAAAGACCACACGUUCCUCAGUUCAGCUCUACGGGCAACAGCCCCUUACAAGCUCCUGUCUGAGCAACAUGGAGUCAAAGCUGUGUUUAUGAAUAAACACGAUUGGUAUGAAGAAUACCCAACCACUCCCAGCUCCUUCGUUUUAAAUGGCUUUAUGUAUUCCUUAAUUGGGCUGUAUGACUUAAAGGAAACCGCAGGGGAAAAGCUUGGCAAAGAAGCGAGGUCCUUGUACGAGCGUGGCAUGGAGUCCCUCAAAGCCAUGCUGCCUUUGUACGAUACUGGCUCAGGAACCAUCUACGACCUCCGACACUUCAUGCUGGGUAUCGCGCCCAACCUGGCCCGCUGGGACUACCACACCACCCACAUCAACCAGCUGCAGCUGCUCAGUACCAUCGACGAGUCCCCCAUCUUCAAAGAAUUUGUCAAGAGGUGGAAGAGCUACCUUAAAGGCAGCAGGGCAAAGCACAACUAGAGCUCACAACCAAAACCACGUUCAGCUCCUUGGAGUGAACCGUGGGCUCCAUCUCAACGGAGCACAGGCACAUUUUAAAAG